UGCUGAAAGUAGGAAACACCAAAAAAAUGCACAUACUUCUGGAUCAAAGAGCUUUGCUAGGAGAAGGGCCGAGAUGGAAAUUGAGCUCGGGCACACUGUUAAUCGCUCAGAACUAUGGAUGGAUACCCACAAAGUAAAAAGAGGGUCAUCUGUUAAUGAAGAAUGUAGAAUUAUCACUGAAAAGAUCAUAAAUGAAAUGGAUCAAUGCUCGCCUUCUCAAUCACAAUUUGUUUCACAAGAUGAUCCUGUUGGCAAAACCUUUGGAAAAGAACACAAUGGACGUGUUCGUGGGUUAGGUUUUGGACCAUGCCCAUCUAAGGUAUUUAACAAUACAUCAAGGAUGAAUGAGGAUAAUCAAAUGAAGGAGUAUGUGUCCACUUUGGAGAAAGAGUUAGCUGCAACUAAAGCUCAAUUGCAAGUUCAAAGUGAUAAGUUGCAAGUUCAAAGUGAUGUGCAAAAGGCCAUGGGAGGGGCUCUUGUUGCUAUUUUGGAAAGAACUUUUGGCAAAGUUCCUGAAGAAUUUGCUAUCUUCCUUAACCAAACAUCUAAACCAGUACCCGAUGAAAGAAGCAAGCUACAAUCUUCACAAGGGAGUGGAAAGCAAAAUUCAUCCUCUAGUCAUCAUGUUAAUGGACAAUCUUCUACAUGAUAUGCAACUGACUGCAGAUUGGUCAUUGGUUGUUGUUAAGGCAACUCUCUUCAUUGUGACUUACCUUGUCUGCAACUGCUUAUACACUC